AAGUCAGCCGAGCAUUACGGACUCAAUUUCCCAGAGUUCCGUGCGAAUGCAACGGUUUUGGUGAAGUCAUGAGAAAGCGCCGUUUGUUUUUGUUUUUCACGCGUUAUAAAGCUCCGCCGAGCCUUCAGAUGAUUUUUAUUUAUGCCCUUUCUUCGUCGCCGGGCUUUUAAGAGGGACACGGGAUAGUCCUAACGUCAAAUAGCAGCGCUUGGCCUUGGAACAAUCAAACAUGCUUUUCUUCACUAACUUAUUUGCUGUAUAGUGGAAACAUACUUACAUUGAACGGAUUGCGGGGGAAAUACUGCUGAAAAGGGAGUUGCUUCACCGCGUGUUUGAGUGAAAUGGAUGGAUUGACUCUUCCAAACUGACCUGUCUCAUAUAAAGUCUGGUUAAAUGCUUUUAAUUCGCCCAGUCUGCUCAAUGAGACUGAAACAUAUGUUUUGGAGUCUAUGACACACUCAAUUUACUCUCGCUUAGAUUCAGUGGAAUCGCUGAUCAACAAGCUUCCAUAUAUGUUUUAUCUCGGCCUGUUUUUUGUCAAUGUCUUAAUUCUCUACUAUUCCUUCUUAAUGGAAUACAUAGUCCUUAAUGUAGGGAUAGUAUUCUUGCCAGAGGAUAUGGACCAGGCACUGGUGGAUUUGGGUGUACUUUCUGACCCAGCCUCAAUUCCAUACGACACAGACACUGAGCUGGAUGUUUUUGAGGGAUAUCUGGAAUAAACAAACCAUGAUUGACACUUCCAGCCGAAGCUUUUGUGGGGAAGUUGUCUUCUGGCCGAUUCAUUUGGUUACUGGAGAACCAUUGUCAAAGGGAACUACAUAUGAUCUCUGCAGACAUAAAAAGAUGCUGCAAAGGUCACAUUAUAUAAAAGUGACUUUCAUGAAUAAGCUGUCCAGGCUCAGAAGACUGACCUGCAAGCAAGCCAUCGUACAACAUGGCAUAUUUACCUGGAACAGAUAAGCCAAACGGACCAUGCGGUUUUCCAUGGGACAGCCAGCCAGUGGUUCUUCAGAGAUCAAAUUCAGGCACUAACCACUACUGUGGAUAUAAAUAUUACAUUAGCCUAUUUAUUUUUAGUUUGGCAUUCAGCACUCAUGCAGGAUUCUGUGUCAGCCCUGCAAGGGCUUGUUAUUACUCUGUAGGCAGAACCCUUAUACUGUACGUGGUCAGCCUCAGCAUGUUUUCGUUCCCUUUAAUACUAUUUAAAUGAGCAAUACGUCAUGAGACAAACAGGGUGUCUGAAUCAGUGUUCUGGGUUUUUUCUAAAAGUCUCACUUAGGAACAGCAUAUUUGUGACAGCCUGAGAAUGAUAUAUUUGGCUGAGGUUUGUUUAUCCACUCAGUAUAUAUUUAAUAAAUGAUUACUUUCA